CGAGUGCGACAGACAGUUCAGAUGUACGCGUUUUUUAUUGCGGAUCGCGAAAAAAAAAAAAGAAAGCCACCAUCAUUCUCGCGAGCUAACAAAAGUGGCCACAGCUGAAUGAGUUUCGUUCGCGCUCGGCCAUCAGCAGCCCAAACGACGUAGAAAUCCAGAAAAGAACAAUCAUUCGCGAGUGUUUUAGUGUUGUGUGUUGUUUUAUCGGAAUAAAUUAAAAACGAAUGCCUAGAUGCGCGAAUCUUAGCUGAAGUAAGAAACCUUUUUUUUUUUUCGUUCCAUGGAGCGCUAGGAGUAGCGGUUUUUCGUCCGUCGAAAUUUGAGAAAUCGCUCAUGUUUUCCUCCGCCUGAUGCUUGAUGAUGUAGAGGACACUUUUCGUUUUUUUUUUUUCGUUGCGUUUCCUCUCGAGAAUCCUUGUGUGUGAUGUGCUGUCCGUGAAAAAAGAGGGAAAGAAUAUCGAUAAGAGUGUUGAAUAAUAAUUGCGUUGGAUUGUUGUUGCAUCAGUUAUUGUCAGGCGGAAGUUUUAUGUAAGAAAAGGAAAUAACCAAGGAUCCCAAAGAGGCGUUCAAAGAAUCGUAACAUUUAUCUAUGCAUGUUGAAGAAGUUGGAUUUUGCAUGUUUUGCGGACAGUGAGGGAAAGAGAAAGAGGGAAACAACAUGGAAGAGUCCCAACAGCUGCAAUUUCCCAUCCGUGGCAACAACAACAAUAAACCGCUCAAUGUCAGCGGAGGGAAUGACGGAAGUGGACAGUUCACCGAUAGCGGAUACACGUCGUAUCAUUCGAUAAGUGCUUCCGGUUCGGUUGCCCGGUCGGUGCUGGCCACAAUCGAGGAGGAUAAUGAAGCGGACAGUAGCUUCGAGGAGGCUCGAUCCUCGGAAGAUAUCUUCCAGAUGGGUGGGGGCAGUAAUGUCCUGACCCCUACCACUGCGGCCAGUAUCGAGAGAAUCUCAAAUUUCCACCUUACCACACCGAACAGUACGGGAAAACCGGUUGGACAACAUCGAGGUCUUGUCCGGAAACCGACAUUUGAUAAUCUGUUUGAGCAAUACACUCCGAAGAAAGCUGAUUAUGGACCUCCUUGCAGAACCACUCAAACCCCUGUUCGAUCAGAUCGGAAAGUUGAGCUUGGCAGUCAAACACCCCGCAAAAAUAAGGCUUCAGCCAAACGCAAGCUCGGAGAAUUCAGAGAGAAGCUUUACUCCGAUGGGGAUGCACUGGAAUUGGCACCUCCUCGUGACCUCAAUGAUUCCCUGGAAGGAGAUUGUAAGAAGCUGGAUCAAGAGGACAUUUCACCGAUCUACCAUACAAAACGUCGCAGAAGCUCCGUCAUUGAUUUGAUUCGCUCCAGUACUCCGAAGACGGCAAGUCUCAGAUCUAACUUCCACGUAGAAGUCCGAGAGAACAUCGAUUGGGAUGCAGUGCAGCAGGGAAAAGCUUCCGGGCGCGGGGGUAAAUCUCGCGCCUUACGCAAGUUUCAGAGCUUCAGUCCCAGCAAAAUGCACAGCUAUAAGAAGCGAGAUGUGCUGCAGGAAAAAUCGGUCAUAGCGAAUCGCAGAGCCCCAUUUCAACGGCAGGACGCCUUACGGCAGGUUUCCCUGGAGCAAGAUUUGUCCAAACAAUCCACUCCACAAAAAGCACAAGAAUCCUCAUUGGACAAAUCUUUUGAAUUGCCUCUCGAGGGACUCAUCACUCCGUCGAAGCAAUCCAAUCUCGGCGUUCUGCUGGACGCUCCGAUUUUGGUUCAGCCGUCUUCCGAGGCGGACUUCAAGGAAUCCGACCUUGAGCAGCAAAUAUCGCAAAUACCUUCGUUCGAAGAAUGUGCCUAUCCUCAGACUCCCAGCAAGCAAACCCUUUCGUUGGAUGAUUCCGGCGUCAUUCGACAUGCUCCCGUGUGCACUGAGGUCAACAAGUCCAUUCCGUCGAUUCUUGGCACCGAAUCUCCAUCUUUCGUCUCUCUAAGCAUCCCCAAAACGCCAACAUCAACCAACAAAUCUCGCAACCGUCUCAAGCGUCUCUCUUCGACGAAAAAGGACAAACCCCGUAGCAAGCCGCCUUCGCCAAUCCAUCGCGCCCAGCCAUUCAUUCCCGGAACGUAUCGUCGUCCAUCCUACGUGAACGUUGAGCGUCUCAACAUUCUCAAGUGGCUCAACGAGCAUGACAAGGAUGCGCUGGGGAUAGUCCUGGAUUAUCUGAACGACAGCGAUCUGGUUCGGGUGGUGCGCGUUUCCACCGGGUGGCGUGACAUUAUCGAACACCAUCGGCCAUCCUAUCGGCGUCUUCGAGCGCAUUUUGCUCGGGAAAAGGAAGUCAAGGAGAAUCUCAGUUUUCCGUCGUUUGUAUCGCGCGAAGGCAGCCUCCUGGGGAAAACCGGAGGAAGUCUGCUGAGUAGCUUCGGCGACUCGUCGAAGGAGAUUGCGGUAUCGCUUCCUCGUCAGCCGUUCAGUUUGUGUAACUCGAUCGACAGCAACCAAUCGGUUGGCGGCGAGCUGAGACGUUCGGGGUCGGUACAGAGGUCGCCACCGGUCAGCCCGUCCAAGAGGAAGUUCCGGGAGAACCAGAAGAUUGCAUCCCAUCUGAAGAAAUCGGAAAGACUGAAACCUUGCCCUCGCUGUGAAAAGCCCAGCCGGGUGGUACUGACCAAAUCGUCCAUCAAGCUGGCCAUGGCCACGGGAUCGCUAGACUCGUCUACCACCCGAACCGUGGCCAGCGGAAAGUUGGAUCGCUCCUAUACGUUACCUGAUUCCCUCAUGGGCUCGUCGGCGACAAGCAUGAUCGCCGCUGCGGCACUCGACUGUACCUCAACCACCAUCGGCAGUCCCCAGUCACCUACCAAUCCGGAUCGCAUCCGUAGGAAUUUGUUCUCGACCAGUUUGCUGCCCCGGUCCCAGUCUGUCGACGCGAGAACUCCGGUGACUCGGAGUCCGCGUCGGCGCAGGUCCACAGAUGUUCAGGGAACGUCUGUGUCCCUGCUGGAGCGUAAAAAUGGUAAGACUAAAUCCGCCGAAGCGAUCCAAUGUGAUUAUGCCGUGUGCAGUGGCAAAAACUGCGGCUUCAUGUUCUGUAUUAAGUGUUUGUGUGAGUACCAUCCGAGUUCGGUGUGCAAGGACUUGGCCCCAAAUUCGCCUAGUAAAGAGGACGAACCGGCGCACAAUGUGGCAUGUAGCAAGCAAAGCCGCCGAUCGUUACUGCGACUGCGAAAGUAGUGAGACUGCAACAACUAAAGCAUACUAUACAAACGGUAUUUUUUCUAGUGUUUUAAGCAGUGACAGUAAUUUAUUACUAAUUGUAGAAUAGGCUUAAUACCAUGUUCCGAAUUUUGCCCAGUUAUUCUUAUUCGUUUAUUUUUGUAUGCUUUUCUUUUUUAAAGUGUUUUUAAAAAUACGUAAUGAGAUUAGAAUUUUAAUUUUAUAUAUGCACGAUUUUGGUAUCACUUAUGUAAGAAAAAGUCCCCAAAAAUUUCAAGUUAAUAUAUAAUUACAAUACAUUUCCUGAUGAUCAUUCCUAA